AUGCAGACGUACGGUUUUAUUACAGCUUCCCUACUACUCUCUGCUGGGGUUUUGGCUCAGCAGCAAGUGACCGUCAACUUGCCUUCAUCCUCAAGCAAUGUUAAGGUUCCCAAUCACUUUCAUGGGUUCUCUAUGGAGUUGACCUCAAUGAACGAGUAUUUUGGAUCAGACGAAAACCAUCGCGAUCCAGUUUUUAUGCAGCUGCUGAGAAAUGUCAGAGAUAGAACCGGCUCAUUGUUAUUGCGUGUUGGUGGAAAUUCGCAAGACACUGCCUAUCCGGAUGAAAAUAUCCAGUCAGCUAUUGAAAAGACUAAAGUAGUAGCUCCACGCAUCAACAGUGGUGCAACGACUUUUGAUGUCAAGGUGUCAAAGAAGCUAUUUGAUGUCAUGAACGGCGUCAGUUCAGCCACUGGUGCUAAAUGGAUGUAUGGCCUGAACUUCGAAGAUGCGAAAAAUAUGGACUCUGCAAAGUACCUGGGACAGGCUGCUGUCGAAACUCUCGGUGACCACUUGUUUGCCAUUCAGAUUGGUAAUGAACCAGAUUUAUAUGCCAAGCAUGGUGUUCGUACACCCGAUUGGGGUAUUCCUCAGUAUGUUGACGAAUGGACAAGUUGGGCUUCCACCCUUCAUGAACAGUUCGCACCUGCCCUCAAGAAACAGGAUAUUUUCACCGGUGCUGUCAUUUGUUGUGACUGGAAUGUCUCUGAUAUUAUGCAAUCUAACUUCAUGUCAAAUGGCAACAAUAUGAACUAUCUCAAUUCUAUCACUGUUCAAAAGUACAGUUCCAACAACUGCUUUGGAAAAGCAAAGGGUGACUACACAGAUUAUCUCAAUCACGAAUGGAUCAUCAAGAACCCCAAGGCAUUGUAUACAGAAUCUGCAAAGACAAUUAAUGCUGCUGGAAAGCAACUCAUCAUGGGAGAGACAAACACGGCUGCCUGUGGCGGUAUCCCCGGUGUUAGUGAUACAUUCGUAUCCGCUCUCUGGGCAGUUGACUGGAUUUUGUACCUUGCAUCCAUCGGCUUUUCAUCCGUGUCACUACAAAUAGGAGGAAAAACUACUUUAUAUAAUCCCAUGUACAAUAUUGACUCUGCAUGGGAGGUUGCACCUAUCUAUUACAGCUCAUUAGCUAUCUCUGAGGCCGUGGGCAAGGACAAACAAGCUCAAUUUGAAAACAUUGAUCUCGGAUCAAGCACUUUGUCAUCCUACGGUGUUUUCCAUGACAACUCUUUCAAGUAUGCUGUCCUCCUCAAUACGGAUAUAAAUCAAGAUGCCACUUAUAUACUCAAAGGAGGUUGGAGCUCCAUGCCUUCCGAGGUCAAGGUUAAGCGAUUAUUGGCAUCAAACUAUGAAGAAAAGAACAACAUUACUUGGGGUGGUCAAACUUUCAGCGGCUCCUUUGACGGUCAACUGAAAGGCGAUUUGCAACUGGAGACAGUAAAAUGUGACGCAGACAGUUGCACCAUUAAACUACCACCCACCUCUGUUGCAUUUGUAGGAACCGAUAUUGACACCGUUGACCCUUCAAGCAUUCUGAAUGAAUCAACGAAUGGCGUUAAUAAUAGUACUAGCGCACCUGCCGCUACUGGCUCUAAUGUUGUAACCGGUUCUAGUGAUGCUGUACCUGUCUCACGAAAAGCUUCUAUUGUCUUUGCCACUGCUCUUUGUGGCAUUGUCGGCGCCUUCUUGACAAACUUCAUGUAA